AUGCGGAAAAUGUGCGGAAAGGAUUGCCGAAAUGAUAUUUGGGGUAAAUAUUUGUAUGAAAUUGGCUGUGGAGUGAGACAUGCUCCGAUGACAUCUUCGUUUAGUUCUGUUAAAAAGCAACAUUUCAGGUUCUUAGACUUAGUGAAGGAUACAACAAAUGUGGAAUAUGUCAAACUUAUUGUUGCCUGUCUGGACUAUAGUACGAAUGAUUGUUCCAGCCGUGUGAUUCUUCAAACAGCUCUUACAAGUGCCUGUGAAGCAGGCAGAAAAUGGUCAACUCGAUUUCUGAGCAUUUUGGCAUCACAUAAUCUGGAUAAUUUUGGUGAAUGGGGCAUGGAAUUGUUGUUUGCACAGCUUGCAGACCCUUCAGCAAAAGUUGUUCGACAUGCUCUUCGUUUAUUACAUCGCUGGAUACCACAUUAUCCCGAUAGUGUUCAUAUGAUCGAGGAAUUAGAUAUAGAUGCAUUUGGUGAUGCUGGAAUUUUGCUGCAAGCACAUCUUUUUAGUGACGAAAAUUGUGUGAAAAACAGUUAUGGCAAUACCUUGACAGUAUUAGAUUACUGGAAAAAGAAAUUCAACAUACGUUAUGCCGAGAUUAUUGAUGAAAACGUUAAAGUCGCUUUAUUAGACAGUAAGCGUUCUAUUGACGGACGAUAUGCAAGACCAUCAAAUGAACGAUCUGCUAAAUUUGGUGUACCAAUACCGGUUCAUUUAUAUGGACAGUUAGCGCGUCACAAUACUGGACGUGAAUUAUUACUAAGUUGGAAAGAAGUUGAACGAUUGCUCAAUAUUUUGCGAAAUUCACCUUUAUCAGAAAAUAUUUACCGAAAAUAUGAAUUAAAAAGUUCACUGUAUGCAUUAGGACAUAUUGUUGCUGCAAUGAAUUUAAAUCUUUUACCAAAAGAAACAUUACCGAUCAUUUGUCGUUUUGCUGAAUCUUGUCCUAUUCUUAGUAUUCGUGGUGCAGCUUUUUGGGUGCUUAAUCUUAUUGGCAAUACCAAACAUGGCUCUGAAGCACUUUCUCGGUUGGGUUGGGAAAAUAGCAGUUUUCUUAUUUCUGAGAAAAGCUCUGAAUCUUUACCACUGUUCAAAGGCAAUGAAAAUGUAGAUAAAAGUUGGAUCCGAUGCAUUGACGAGAUUAGCACCUUUCAACACAAAAAUUCAUAUGAUUUUGACAACAAAAUUGCAACGAUGAUUAUGAGGGAACAGCGUGCUGGUUCUACUGUCAAAAAUAAUCUUGAUGAAGAAGAUUUGACAUCAAGAAAUAAGCGUGCUUUUGCAAUGGAUUCAACAACAACGAGUGAUUUAAACUCUGGAGAUGAACUUGACUGUGAACUUUUUUGCCCUGAUGAAUUGAAUUCGUCUGCAGAAGUCAUUUCAGAGUACAGAGUAUUUGAUUCUGACAAUCUUGUACUAGCUGAUGAAAAUACCAUAGAAACAGCAGAGGAGGAUUUUCAAAACUGUCUCAUGAUUCGUCGUCAGUUUCGGUUGCGUCCAUUUUCUCUUGAUCGUAUGAUCACUGCAGUGGGUUCUUUCGGUUCAGUAGUGAACUACUUUUAUAUGUCUGAAUGUGAGUUUUCGUCUUAUUGUGGUUUUCGUGAUCUAACGAAAGGUAGUUGUGCAAUUUUACCUCAUAAUUUGAAUACAUCGACUACAAAAGUAGAACCUGUUAGUUUAUUCGCGCAGUCCAUAACACUUCCUCGCAAUCCUGAUCUUCUCUGCAGAGAUAUAUUUGUUGAGCAGAAAGCCUCUCAAUUUUCAUCCGUAAAUGAUGAACAAAAGCAUCAAAUGAUAAACUGUUUGAACUGCUCUUGGCCUGAGGAGUAUUUUGGAAGCAAAAGUUCGUUUAUAUUUCGUUAA